AUGCGUUUGAUAAACGUUAAUACACUCAAAUUAGAGGAAUUCCAAAGGAAAGUGCCCCGUUACGCUAUACUCUCGCAUACGUGGGGAGCCGACCACGAGGAACUAUCAUUUCGCGACAUCAACGAAUGCAAUAUCGGAAAAGGGAGUUUACCAUUCAAAGUCGCAAAAUGCUGUGAACAGGCAGAGAAGGAUGGUCUUAAGUAUGCAUGGGUCGAUACGUGCUGCAUUGACAAAACAAACUCAGUAGAACUCGGUGAAGCCAUCAACUCCAUGUUUCGAUGGUACAACGGAGCCGCUGUUUGCUAUGCCUAUCUGGCCGAUGUCACCUCUGGGUAUAAUCGAAGUUUUCCCUUGGCACAAUUUUGCUCCUGUCGCUGGUUCCAACGAGGCUGGACCCUACAAGAGCUUUUGGCUCCUGAUAGUCUUCGAUUUUAUGAUUCGGAAUGGCGCUACUUGGGAACAAAAGCAAACAGGUCGAGCACCAUUGAACGGAAAAUCGGGAUACCGCGACGAUUCUUGCAAGGAACGGCUUUGGGCGAGGCAAGCAUUGCUCAGCGUAUGUCAUGGGCCUCUAAGAGAGAAACAAAACGAGAGGAAGACAUUGCUUACUGUCUUCUUGGGAUUUUUGAUGUAAACAUGCCAAUGAUCUAUGGCGAGGGUGGCGUUCGAGCGUUCACUCGGUUACAGCGAAAAAUCAUGAGAAGCUCGAAGGAUGAAUCUAUCCUAGCUUGGGGUUUUCAAGCCAUUGAACCACCAACGAUUGACUCCGAAGACCUGGCCGUAUCGGCAGGGGUACUUGCAGCAUCUCCAGCUGACUUUACCAACUGUGGAGAAAUAGUCCCACGAAAGGACAAGGCAAAGUCUCCGACUACAUUCACUAUUGAAGGGGGCCUCGUCCGGAUUAGUCUCCCUUUGUUUUCAACAAUAACUGGUGAGGUCUUUGGACUACUAAACUGUGGUCCUCAGCACGAACGCAAAGCAGUGGUAGGAAUCCCACUGAGUGAUAAGCCGUCUGGCGAGUAUCUAAGGCCACAAGGGCGCUCUUCGUACAGUUUCUCAAUUGAUAAAACCCGUGCCCCAGCCCAGCCUGUGUAUAUUCAGAUCGGGCGGGAGAAGAAGAGCGUCUCGGAAGUCAGUGCUCAGAAUUACUUCUAUAUCGAUGAUCCCAUUGAAACAGGAUUAGAAUUGAUUGAGGUUGAACCGCAAAGUCGCUGGUGGAAAGACCGUUCUCUCAUCAUGACAUCGAACGACCCUGCUGACGAUACUACACAACAAACCUGGACCCGAUUCCGUACUGAAGGUGAAGGGUCCAGCGACUUUCUGGUGCUUCUCGAGUUUCAAUCGCAGGGGUCGCAAGUGCAGGCUCGAUGCCACUUAAUGACAGCAUCAAGAAGUACAUCACUGGUGGAUGUAGCACAAAGAGCCAGUUGUAUAAGGCAAGACGCAUUCGGUAAAUCAGGUGCCAGUGACAGCACCCACAGCAUUCAGGCCAGCGUGGAACGAGACAGCGUGCAAGAGAUAUUUGUGGUGAAAUUGACCGCAACAGCGAGUCCGCCCAGCGUUACCAUUGAUGCCACAUUUGAGUUAGAAGUAUUGAUGCUUAAAAUUGAACUGGAGAGCAUAAUGAAGGAUGAAGAUGAUCUUCGUCUUGAAGCAGAGUAUUUCGACAAGCCUGAAGAAGAGACAAUUUCCUCCUUCGAAUCUGCCAAAGCAAGCUUGAGUGAAAUAGAAGAGGAAAUUAAAAGGUUGAACGAGCAGAAAGUUCGACUACUCAAACUACUUAACAGAGCUUCACGGAGUGUCCGAGUGGAGGAGUUUAGGCAACGGGAAGCCAUAUUGUCGGAACGCAGAAAGUCAUUUGCAGGGAGAUUGGACGGGCGGCAACAAGCAGUAUUGAACAAUGGAUACGGCCUGCUUCUUCAUCAGACUCCGGGUAGGGAUACUGUGGCAGUCAAUUCCUCGGCUAAUCCAUCAGUGGUUCAAAGCAGUUCAAUAGGACAUUCUGGUUGGGUUCACGGUUAUGACGAACCGAUGCUUUCUGACACUGAAGUCGAAGAAGCUGAGGCCGAACUGGCGGAGCUGGUAGAUUCUGAAGUUGAACUGGCGAAAGUCAUCGAUGAAAUGUUCAGGAGGGAUCACUUUCUUAGCCAGCUUUUCAGCGACAAAAGGGGUUUUAUAAUAUACUUAUACAAAAAGGCCCUGGAUAUGUAUCCGGACAGCGACCAGCACCCCGAGUACAAAAACAUCGUGACAGACACAAUCAAUGUGUCCAUGCACCAACAAGUGUUCUAUUGCGCAAUUGGACAUGAAGAUCGUUGGGAUGUCCAAAAGAAAUUCGUGAAGCUGCUCGCCAAGCUCACUACUCAAGUCAUUCCCGCUGGCAAAGGGGUUGCGCUACGUUUCAUCAACCGCGAAGUUGAUAACUCCCCUAACCUCACAUUUGAACGGGUGCAGAAGAUCAUGGAUUCCAUGCCAUUGAGGCUCGGUAGCAGCACGGCGAUUGGGAGAAACUUAAAAUCUAGAAUUCUUGAGCCUCUAGUCUACAGCAAGAUCAUUUCUCAGAGCCUUGACAGGCCACUGCUCAUCACUAUCACGAUUGCUGGCCGUCCGGAAACCGAAGCUGAGUCCGAAUUCAUGAACGCUAUCAGAGAGUGUGGCAGAAAGCUAGAACGCGCCGGAUACCCCCGCAACACUGUGGUAUUCAUGAUCUAUCAAAUUGGCACAAACAAAAAGACCGUGGAGUUCCUACAACGUCUUCAAGGCGAUCCGGAUAUUCUCCCUGUCACCAAUGUUAUUCCUCAUCAUAAAUAUCGUUUGAGAAUGGAGGUCAUCCGUGACAGAGAUGGCUUGGAAUAUGAUUACAGAGUAUGGUCUUCCAUCAUCUAUCCCUGGUAUUUCCCGGCUGGUUGA